CCUCGUCACAUGAUACGGCCUGGACAAACCCAUGAUGCAUCCCAGCGGAUGUGCCAUCGGCUUCAAUACACCUCCGUCGUUGCAGCGACAACCAAAGUUACCACCGUUGCAGUGGGCCUGGGCUUGAAUCUGGCAUCACACUAACUGCAUUGUUCUAUUUAGGUAUGCUUGGGCUCCCCGACAAAAUGACCAGCGUUUAACGGCAAAUUCUAGCGUCGCGUCACAUGCAAAUGUCUGGCAAAAGGGCUCGCGCAGCCUUUGAGGCUGAUCUGCAGGCACAGGAGUCUCCUUAUGCCUUCUACGGGACUCCUCUUCCACCGCUGGAUGCCGGCGUCCGCGACGAUGGAUCUUACGUGCCGAUCUGGAAACAGGAGGUGACAGAUGACCGGGGAAGGAAACGCCUCCAUGGUGCCUUCACCGGUGGAUUUAGUGCCGGGUACUUCAACACCGUCGGAUCGAAGGAAGGAUGGACCCCCUCAACUUUUGUUUCCUCGCGGCAGAACCGAGCAAAGGAUGCUCGACAACAACGGGUAGAAGACUUCAUGGACGAAGAGGAUGUCCGGGAGGCAGAAGAAUCUCGAAAUCUACACACUACCGAUGAAUUUUCUGGGUUUGGGUCUACAGAUGUCGACCCCAACCGCCGGGGAGGGCUAAUGGACGUUUUCAGAAGUGGCGGUGAGACAAUGGGAAUCAGACUGUUGAAAAGGAUGGGGUGGAAAGAGGGCCAGGGCAUUGGUCCUAAGGUUCGACGCAGUGCUCAUCUUGGCGACGACACAGCCUCUGGUGGUGGAGGCACUGACAAGACGUACUUGUUCGCACCGGAGAAUUCACGCAUGGUGACUUUUAUACAUAAGACAGAUCACAAAGGGCUUGGGUUUGAAGGCGAAUCUCGUCUUGGCUCCCAAAAGGCUGGGGGCGACGAGUCUGAUGAAGAUGCCGAUCCAUUCUUUGGGCAGCGACUGACGGGUCAGGGCAUUUCUAAGCGGUCAACUCCAAAGGAGCCGCGUCGCGGAGCAUUUGGUGUCGGUGUGCUGAAUGACACCGGCUCAGAUGACGAGGACCCGUAUUCCUUAGGGCCUCAGAUCUCGUAUAAUCGAGUCAUUGGGAAAGAAAAGAAGAAGAAAAAGAAGUUGCUGGAAGAUGCGAAGCCAAAGAUGGCAUCCAACCCUCUAUUGAGCAACAAACCGGUCUUUAUAUCCAAAAAGGCGCUUGCCUCUAGGAACUCUACAGGGUUCAGGAAAUGCCAUGAUGGCCGGUUACCCUUAGAUGGGUUUGUGCUAGCGGACGGCGUCUCUAGCCUAACGAUUUCAGCACAGGAGAAGAAAUAUGCACCUCCCGAGGUUCCUAAAGAUUGGAAAUGCAGCAAGACUCCAUCAGAAGAGAGGGAUGCAUCUAAAUACGUUUCUACAGCCGAGGCAGCUAGAGCUUCUUCUUUGAACCCCACCUCACGAGCUGCGCUUUUGGGGGAAGCGCAACUUCCCGGGAAAUCUAUUUUUGAUUGGAUGACCCCUGAGUCCAGGGAGAGAAUCAUCAAACUAACAGGGAAGACCGACCUACCGCCAGCAUUGGGUGAGAAAGCUCCAGAAGGAUACGAGAUGUCAGAGGCGCAAAAACGGAAGGAUUUGUGGGAUCUUGUUCCCAAAUUGGAUAAGCAAGUCGCAGUUCAGGCUUUGACCCGAGCGGCUAGUGGUUGGAUGCCUUAUUCCGAGGAUCCAGAUAAGCGAUCCCGAUAUCGAACGUUCCUUCAAGUCCGGGCGGGACUCCGAGAAAGUCUUCCGGAUCGGGUUUCGGGGUCGAGCACCGACGAAUGGGUUGCUGAGCUCCACGAGUUCGCCCGCGCUGCAGAGGUCUUCAAACCCAUGUCGGGGGCCAUGGCGUCGCGAUUCACGUCUGCCUCCAGCGGACCAAAAGGAUCCUCAGAUGAGGCUGAAUCAUCUGCGACGGAUUCAUUACUUCAGAACCCUGCCACGAAGCCCGAAGACCCUGCCGUAGCGGCCGCAAAGAUCGGCAUGUUUGGCCCGAUGACUCGGAGCAACAUAUCGUUCUAUCCGACGCGUUUGCUGUGCAAGCGGCUUAAUGUGAAACCCCCGGGCCAUGUACAAUCAGACCCCAGUGAUCCGGUCAAACCUUCAGACACUGCCUCUGGGGGACGGUUCCAGUCUGCAGGAUAUCAGACUCCUGGGCCUAAGGAAUUAGUCUCGCAGGAAGUUAUGGAUCAACUUCUGCUUGAAGCAGGCGCGAGCAGUGGCGCUGUCGAAAAACCUAAACCGAUCGUAGUGGAGCCUGAGCGCAACGAAGCCUUGGAGGCGGAGCGACCAGGCGAGGAAAUUUUCAAGGCGAUAUUCGGAAGUGAUGACGAGGACGAUGAGAGCUGAGUAGCUCGAAUAGUCUUCUCUUUUAUUUUAUUUUUUUCCUCUCUCACUACGGUUUGUUGCAUAUGAUAUCCGGUUUUCUUCUGGGAAGGGGGUGAAAAAAGGACCUGUAAAGCAAUAUAGGGUUAGAGGCAAAAAAAGAAAGGAAAAGGUUUCGAAGCAUGGAUGACGAACACCUCAAGCGCUGAUCCGCGUGACAAGCGUAGUUAGUCGAAGACGGAUCACAAUUGGAUCUCCACAAUGGAAAAAAUUAAGAAUCCAACCCACAACGGCGUGGAUGGUGGAGACCCCAUUUAAUUCGUAUUCACCUUCAACCAAGCUCUGGCGAACGCAAGCGAACAUUGGUCCGGAUAUACUAGUCUGAAUUGGAGAUUCUCAAAACCAGCGGUCAAUUGGAACUCAUACAGAGUAGAGAGAUGGAGAGAGAAACAGACAGAAAGAGUAGGUAAAGGGCAGUGGUAAUAAUAUCAGUCACGGAGUGGUCAGUGUUGAUUUGGUACGGCGAACCAUUAAAUCCUUGGGUAUUUCCGAGGGUGAGGUUUU